AUGUCUGAUGUCCCACUUACUCCACCACGGAGAAGCAAAAAACACUCCACUUUCACCACACCAAAUCAAUAUGCUUUACUAACUCCAGCCACGAGUACAAAAAAGACAAAGAGCUUUGGGAAUACUAUCGGAAGUGCCAAUAGGCUAUCUGUGAUUACUCCAAAUACACCUCAGAAGUCACCAUCUAAAGUGGGGUCCCAGAGAAAGAGGAACUUUAAUGAUAUUUUUAUUGAACCAAAUGCACAAGCUAAUGAGAAGUUGCCAAUGGGAUUGUUUUUACCCUCACCACGUAUAGUUGGCUCUGGAAGAAAUGGUAAGCACUUGCCUAAUAAAACCGAGGUGAGGGAGGCCCCUUCGACGCCAGGCAAACAAGUGAUAAAUGAGGAGAUGGUGAGGCAGUGGCAUGAUAACAGUGAUGACGAAGAGAGUGUUGAGAUUAUGACAUUAGAGGAAACGGCAAAGAUCCCUAAAGCAAACUUGCCAAACCCUUUUUUAAGUACUGAUAACAGUUCCAAAGUAGACGAUAAAAAAGAUAAGUUUUCCUUGCAUGACUUGUCAAAUCCAUUUCUAGACAAUAAGGAGAACAACCUUAGAGAGAAUAUCGAUUACAAUACACAUAUGGAAUUGAUAAAUAACAAGACAGGACAACGAAAAGUGGUUAAGCUUACCAAGAACCAAAUGAAGAUAAAGCCAAAGAAAUUGUCGUUUGAAGGUUUAUAG